CCUGCAAAGCCGCAAGCCCUGCAGCCUGGCACUCGGCUGAGAGGCGAUGAAGGAUAUUGACAUAGGGAAGGAGUACAUCAUCCCCAGUGCUGGUUACAGAGACUCCAGAGACACAGCCAGCACUUCCGGGCAGCACAGAGAUGGCCAGGACUCCAGAUACAAGAGAACGCUACCGGUGGAAUGCCAUGAUGCCCUGGAGACCGCAGCCCGCGCCGAGGGCCUGUCCCUGGAUGUCUCUGUGCACUCGCAGCUCCGCUUCCUGGACGAGGAGCAUCCUAAGGGGAAGUACCACCACAGCCUGAGUGCUCUGAAGCCCAUCCGGACCACUGCCAAACACCAGCACCCGGUGGACAAUGCGGGGCUCUUCUCCUGCAUGACCUUCUCCUGGCUCUCCCCGCUGGCCCGCCUCGCCCACAAGAAGGGGGAGCUCUCCAUGGAUGACGUCUGGCCAGUGUCCAAGCACGAGUCCUGCGAGGUGAACUGCAGGAGACUAGAGAGACUGUGGCAAGAGGAGCUGAACAGAGCCGGGCCGGAUGGCGCCUCCCUGCGAAGGGUCGUGUGGACCUUCUGCCGUACCAGGCUCAUCCUGUCCAUCAUGUGCCUGAUGAUCACACAGCUGGCGGGCUUCAGUGGACCAGCCUUCGUGGUGAAACGCCUCCUGGAGUAUGCCCAGGUGGCGGACUCUAACCUCAAGUACAGCCUCCUGCUGGUCCUGGGCCUGUUCCUCACUGAGACUGUGCGUUCCUGGUCGCUCGCCCUCACCUGGGCCUUGAACUACCGAACCGGUGUCCGCUUACGGGGGGCCAUCCUCACCAUGGCAUUUAAGAAGAUCCUGAAACUAAAGAACAUCAAGGAGAAGUCAGUGGGGGAGCUCAUCAACCUUUGCUCCAACGACGGACAGAGGAUGUUCGAGGCAGCCGCGGUUGGCAGCUUACUGGCUGGGGGACCCGUAGUCGCCAUCUUGGGCAUGGUGUAUAAUGUGAUUAUUCUGGGACCCACCGGCUUCCUGGGAUCAGCUGUUUUUAUCCUCUUUUAUCCUGCCAUGAUGUUCGCCUCUCGGGUCACUGCAUACUUCAGGAGGAAGUGUGUGGCCACCACCGAUGAGCGUGUCCAAAAGAUGAGCGAAAUUGUCACCUACAUUAAAUUUAUUAAAAUGUACGCCUGGGUCAAAGCGUUUUCUCAAAUGGUGCAGAAGAUCCGCGAGGAGGAGCGGCGCAUCCUGGAGAAGGCUGGCUACUUCCAGAGCAUCACCGUGGGCGUGGCGCCCAUCGUCAUGGUGAUCGCCAGUGUGGUGACCUUCUCCGUGCACAUGAACCUGGGCUUUGACCUGACGGCAGCACAGGCCUUCACAGUGGUGACUGUUUUCAAUUCCAUGACUUUCGCUCUGAAAGUCACACCGUUCUCAGUGAAAUCCCUCUCGGAAGCAUCAGUUGCUGUUGAUAGGUUUAAGAGUUUGUUUCUAAUGGAAGAGGUUCACAUGAUAAAGAAAAAGCCAGCCAGCCCUCACGUCAAGAUAGAGAUGACAAAUGCCACCCUGGCCUGGGACUCCCCCCACGCCAGUAUCCAGAACUCGCCCAAGCUGACCCCCAAAAUGAAAAAAGACAAGAGGGCGGCCCGGGGCAAGAGAGACAAGGGGCGGCAGCUGCAGCACACGGGCCACCAGGAGGUGCUGGCGGAGCAGAAGGGCCACCUCCUGCUGGACAUCGACGAGCGGCCCAGCCCCGAGGAGGAAGGGGGCAAGCACGCGCCCCCCGGGAGCCUCCGCCUGCAAAGGACGCUGUAUGGCAUCGACCUGGAAGUCGAAGAGGGGAAGCUGGUUGGCAUCUGUGGCAGCGUAGGGAGCGGCAAGACCUCCCUCAUCUCCGCCAUCUUGGGCCAGAUGACGCUCCUGGAGGGCAGCAUUGCUGUCAACGGGACCUUCGCCUACGUGGCCCAGCAGGCCUGGAUCCUCAACGCCACCCUGAGGGACAACAUCCUGUUCGGGAAGGAGUACGACGAGGAGAGGUACAACUCCGUGCUCAACAGCUGCUGCCUGAGGCCUGACCUGGCCAUCCUGCCCCACAGUGACCUGACUGAGAUCGGCGAGCGCGGUGCCAACCUGAGCGGAGGGCAACGCCAGAGAAUUAGCCUUGCCCGGGCCCUGUACAGCGACCGGGACAUCUACAUCCUGGACGACCCCCUUAGUGCCUUAGACGCCCACGUGGGCAACCACAUCUUCAACAGUGCUAUCCAGAAGCACCUCAAGACCAAGACGGUUCUGUUCGUCACCCACCAGUUACAGUACCUGGCGGACUGUGAUGAAGUGAUCUUCAUGAAGGAGGGCUGCAUCACCGAGAGAGGCACCCACGAGGAACUCAUGCACCUGAAUGGCGACUACGCCACCAUUUUCAACAACCUGCUGCUGGGAGAGACGCCCCCUGUUGAGAUUAACUCGAAAAAGGAAACCAAUAGUUCACAGAAGAAAUCACAGGACAAAGGUCCUAAACCCGGAUCAGUCAAGAAAGAGAAGGCGGUGAAGCCAGAGGAAGGGCAGCUCGUGCAAGCGGAAGAGAAGGGGCAGGGUUCCGUGCCCUGGUCGGUGUAUGGGGUCUACAUCCAGGCUGCGGGGGGCCCCCUGGCUUUCCUGUUCAUCCUCUCCCUCUUCGUCCUGAAUGUGGGCAGCACUGCCUUCAGCACCUGGUGGCUAAGUUACUGGAUCAAGCAAGGGAGUGGGAACACCACCGUGACGGAGGGCAACAGGACCACGGUGAGCAACAGCAUGAAAGACAACCCUCACCUGCACUACUACAUCAGCAUCUACGCCCUCUCCAUGGUGGUCAUGCUGGUUCUGAAAGCUGUCCGCGGAGUGGUGUUCGUCAAGGGCACCCUGAGAGCCUCCUCCAGGCUCCACGAUGCGCUUUUCUGGAGGAUCCUGAGAAGUCCCAUGAAGUUUUUCGACACAACCCCCACGGGGAGGAUUCUCAACAGGUUUUCCAAAGACAUGGAUGAAGUGGACGUGCGCCUGCCCUUCCAGGCCGAGAUGUUCAUCCAGAACGUCUUCCUGGUCUUCUUCUGCGUGGGCAUGAUCGGGGGCGUGUUCCCUUGGUUCCUUGUGGCCGUGGGGCCACUCGUCAUCCUCUUUGCAGGGCUGCACAUUGUCUCCAGGGUCCUGAUCCGAGAGCUUAAGCGUCUGGACAACAUUACGCAGUCUCCCUUCCUCUCUCACAUCACGUCCAGCAUCCAGGGGCUGGCCACCAUCCAUGCCUACAACAAAGGGCAGGAAUUUCUGCACAGGUACCAGAGGCUACUGGAUAGCAACCAGGGCCCCUUCUUCCUGUUCACCUGUGCCAUGCGGUGGCUGGCUGUGCGACUGGACCUCAUCAGCAUCGCCCUCAUCACCACCACCGCGCUGAUGAUCGUGCUCAUGCACGGGCAGAUCCCACCGGCCUACUCGGGCCUUGCCAUCUCCUAUGCUGUCCAGUUAACCGGGCUGUUCCAGUUCACUGUCAGACUGGCCUCCGAGACCGAAGCUCGCUUCACCUCUGUGGAGAGGAUCAACCACUACAUCAAGACGCUCUCUCUGGAAGCACCUGCCAGGAUUAAGAACAAGGCUCCCUCCCCUGACUGGCCUCAGGAAGGAGAAGUGGCCUUUGAGAAUGCAGAAAUGAGGUACCAGGAAAACCUCCCCCUGGUCCUGAAGAAAGUGUCCUUCACCAUCAAACCAAAGGAGAAGAUUGGCAUUGUGGGCCGGACGGGAUCAGGCAAGUCCUCCCUGGGGAUGGCCCUGUUCCGGCUGGUGGAGUUAUGUGGAGGCUGCAUCAAGAUAGAUGGGGUGAGGAUCAGUGACAUCGGCCUGGCUGACCUCCGGAGCAAACUCUCCAUCAUCCCGCAGGAGCCGGUGCUGUUCAGCGGCACGGUCAGGUCCAACUUGGAUCCUUUCACGCAGUACACAGAAGACCAGAUCUGGGAUGCCCUGGAGAGGACGCACAUGAAAGAAUGUAUCGCUCAGCUACCUCUGAAACUUGAGUCUGAAGUGAUGGAGAAUGGGGAUAACUUCUCAGUGGGGGAACGCCAGCUGCUCUGCAUCGCGCGGGCCUUGCUCCGGCACUGUAAGAUCCUGAUUCUCGAUGAAGCCACCGCUGCCAUGGACUCAGAGACGGACUUACUGGUCCAGGAGACCAUCCGGGAGGCGUUCGCCGACUGCACCAUGCUGACUAUCGCCCAUCGGCUGCACACAGUCCUGGGCUCUGACAGGAUCAUGGUGCUGGCCCAGGGGCAGGUGGUGGAGUUUGACACCCCCUCAGUCCUGCUGUCUAAUGACAGCUCCCGGUUCUACGCCAUGUUCGCUGCUUCCGAGAACAAGGUCGCUGUCAAGGGCUGAGUCCUCCCGUCCGUGCCCACCGCCGCCACCCCAGUCUCCGCUGUUCUCGAGCGCCGCCCGGGCAGCCGCCCGUGCCCGCCGCAGCCUUGCCUUCCCCGACCUCCCCUUCCGCACCGCAGUUCAGGACCGGCUUGUGUGUGUCACUUUUAGGAAGAGUUCUAUUUUGAUUAUCGUAUUUAUUCCUCAUUUCACGUGAAACAGAGUUUAGUUUUUGUCCUUACUUGCACUCUCAAGAGGUUCAGGGAACCGUUAUUAUAAAUGUAUCAGAGGCCUAUAAUGAAGCUUUAUACGUGUAGCUCUCUCUCUAUUAUAAUUCUGUACAUAGCCUAUAUUUACAGUGCGGAUGUGCGCGUUUAUUUUAUAUUGAAAUCGGCACUGUGCUCCUCACGGUGCGGGUUCUUUAUCCUGCCGUACACGUUGCUGUACUGGAGAUGUGGUUUUGCUAUGAGACGGUAGCAAAGCAGCAUUCUGUUCCUCUCUAGUGGUUUCCCCGGGGUGUCCCCAGAAAAAGACACGUGGUCACCAGAAACCCUCUGGAGGGUGUGGGGGGGCUCCCCCGGGGGCCGUGCUGAGCGCUGUGAACUCUCAGGGCUCCUGCCUUCUGUCCUGAUGUCACUUUAUUGUUUCUGUCAGGAGAGCCGCGGGACUGAACCCCCAGCAAGCACCCCUGUCCCGUCCCAUCCCCCCUCUCUGCUCCCUCCAUCAGGGGUGGCGGGCACCUUUCUGCCUUCCUCUCUGGAGUGGUGAUCUCUACCCCCACCUGGCAGACACCGCCCCCACCCUUGAUGCCCAGUGGCCGCACCCCCUUCACCCCACAGCCCAGCAACAGAGCGCAGGCUGAGGGGUCCCCUCGCCGCCUCACUCGCUGUGGCUGCUCCGUGUCCCCCAUCACCCCCAUGCCCUCCAAAGUCUGCGACUUCAAGGAGUUCCUGCUCAUCAGUGCCUCGCACUGGUGUCCAAGUCUUUUUUUUUUUUCUUAUUUUGUACUCUAAAGAGACCUACCUCAGGUUGCUGAUGGCCGCGGGGCUCGGGGUGUCCCCUCCCUGCAGCCCCCCUCUGCUGGGGGGCCAGUAGCUCAGGUGGGCAUGGUCGCUGCUGUCGUCGGUGGAACGGUCCGUGUUGCAUGUCGUGACCGACUGGACAUCCUGUCGCCUUAGCAUGUUCGCCGAACACCUUGUGGAAGCAGAAGUCUUCAAAAAAGUGAAUAAAAUUAUUUUGGAUUUUGUAA